GCUGAAUAAAACAUCCUACUUUUUUCAUUUCAGCUCUGUUCUGCUGCAAAGCCUUGGCGCGUAGUUUUCAGUUUGAAUGUGAGGGAGUGGAAACAGGCAGCUUUUGCCCUUAGAAGGCGUGUUCCUUUGUGAUCUUGGUCCGUCGUUUGUUGAUGACAUCAGACUGCGGGGUGUUUUCAUUGGAAAGAUGGCGGCGCCCUUGAUACGAGGAAUAAUUUUGCGGGUCGGGGUUGAAUUUCGGGUAAAUUGGAUAUCUCGAGGACUCAGCACUUCAGCUACAUGUUGCAGAAGGGUAGCCCCGCUGGGGCCAAUGCCCAACAUGGACAUUGAUGUGAAAAACCUUGAUGACCUGGAGAAAUACCGCAGCUAUACUCGCUAUCUGAAGGUGGCGAGGGAGGAGAGCAGGAAAGUGCACUGGUGGAAAACCUACAGACAAUAUCUCAACCAGGAUGAGGAGAAGAGUGAGAGGAUUGACAUUGGCCUGCCCAACAUUCGGGCUCCCCGAAUCAAGGAAGUGAAAGAGAGGAAGAGGGUGAUGAGAGAGAACCACAAGAACAGCGAGCUGGAGAGGGCCACGCGCCUUCGCACACUGUCCAUACCCCUGGAUGAAGUGAAGACUGAGUGGGAGAGAACCAGUGGUCCCUAUCAUGUACAGAAAGUGGCAGAGCAUUACGGGGUGUAUCGAGACCUGUUCCACGGCGCCACCUUCGUCCCACGGAUUGUACUGCGGGUCCAGUACAGCCUAGAUGAGGAGCACAGCCUGCCAGUGCAUCGUGGGAAUGUGGUUACCCCCUCCGAGGCCACUAUACAACCAGAAGUAACCUUUGAGGCUGAGGAGAGUUCGUUGUGGACCCUGUUGCUCACAAACCCAGACGGACAUUUGAGAGACAAUGACGCAGAAUAUGUCCACUGGAUUGUUGGAAACAUUCCUGGGAAUUCAGUGCAGUCUGGAGAGCAGAUCUGUCACUAUUUGCCACCGUUUCCAGCAAAAGGAACUGGAUACCACAGGUUUAUAUUCAUCCUGUUUAAGCAAGAACAGCCAAUCGAUUUUACCGAGGACUGCUUACCUUCACCCUGUCACAGCUUGGAAUCCAGGACGUUUCAGACAUUUGAUUUCUAUAGAAAGCACCAGGACUACAUGACUCCAGCAGGACUGGCCUUCUUUCAGAGCCAGUGGGAUGAUUCAGUCACACACACCUUUCACCAGCUGCUCAAUAUGAAGGAACCAGUAUUUGAAUAUGAUAGGCCUCCAGUGUAUCACCCUCCACAGAAGAAAUACCCACAUGGCGAGCCAGUGAGAUACCUGGACAGGUACAGGGACAGCCAGGAAACCACAUACGGCAUCUAUUAAUCUGAGCACGGAGCUCAGGACUGGUCUUGGGUGUUACACCAUGAUUCUAGUGGACACUGCUAGAUUUUCAUAUCAAGUAGCAGUACUAAAAAGUAAUACAUAUUAGAAAAAAUGACGUACAUAUACAUGUUCUUCUAUGCAAGUCCCAUUGACGAACUCGCCAGACUUCCAAACCACACAUUUACGAUACAAAAUGAGCUGCUCUGAUUUCAGCAUCAAACUGACACCAGUUUUGUUACAAUUCACAACAUCACAAUUUCAAACAUCAUACAGUAAUCUCCAACAUCCAACGACCACACUACAUACAUAAUGCACGGUCAUUAUGUUUUGAGAACAGCAACAAUUCUUAGCAUACCUAAGUUUCCAUCACCAGUAUCCACCUUGUCUCUCCCAUUUACUUACACCUUUGCUUAGUACAAAUUGUUCUUAUUGUCACUCUACAUAUACCACCUUUGUUGUAGUUAUAAAUAUGAUUUGUCUUUUUAAAAAAAAAAUUAUUAUUCUAUUUUCUUGCCAUUACAAUCCCGUUUGAUGUGCAAUAUAGAGGUUAAAAAAAAAAAAGUCAUUGGGUUGCCAGGGUGUGAGGCCAGCACCAACCACAAUAACAAAAA